AUGAGUUACAAUUAUUUAUUCAAAAUAGUCAUUGUUGGUGACCACAACUGCGGUAAAUCGUGUAUUUUGCUGCGAUUUGCCGAGAACUCAUUUCGUCAUGAUCAUAUCAGUACGUUGGGUGUUGAUUUCAAAUUGAAAACAGUAAAACUUGGACGAGAUAGAAUUCGACUAGAGUUAUGGGAUACAGCUGGAAUGGAGCGUUAUCGAACAAUCUACAAUUCAUAUUACCAUUCAGCGCAUGGAAUAAUGUGUGUCUAUGAUUUGACCGACGAGAAGUCUUUUGAUAAUCUGCGUAAUUAUUGGCUAAAGGAAAUUCGGUUGCAUGCACCGUCAAAUGCGAUAUUAAUGCUAAUUGGAAACAAAGCCGAUUUGGAAGAUAAAAGAAAGGUCAAUUUUGAACAAGCUGAGCAACUUGCCAGUCAGCUUGGAGUUUCCCUUUAUGAGGUGAGUGCAAAAACUGGUAUCAAUUGUGAUGAAGCAUUCUAUAGUCUAGCAGAGGCGAUGCGUGACCGACUUCUAGUUUCUAGCAUGCACUCUGAUUCAGAAAAUAGUGACCAUCUUGGAUCUGCUUUUCAUGUAGAUGGUGUUACUCUCUCUAACAAAAAAUCGUAUUUUUUACCGUCUUGUUGUUCAUCAACAGGGCAGCCAACAUUUGUCUGA